AGUACAAUUUAUUUUUCGCAUCGCUAUUGUACGUGUGUAAAUGAUAGAAGUAGGAAAUUCAGGGACCUGGUUUUAUAAUUAACGCCUAUUUCGGCGAGAUAUUAUCGCCCGUAUUUAUUCGUCAAGCAGCGCAAAUGACGAAUACGAGUCGAAAAUCGGCUUUGAGACUUUCAUUCAUAAUACGUUCUUCUAUUGGAUAAGAAUAAAAAGAAAGAUUUUUAAGAAAAUAAAGAGAGAAAAGAGAGGAUAUAGGCGUUUCAACAUCGUGAAACCAUGAUAAACCAGCUAUGACUACAAGCUUAUUAAAAGGACGAAGGUUCUUCUGUAGAGAAUGGGCAUUCAGUAAGCUCCUUCACUGCUUGGACUCCAGACCAACUGAUGUAGAAUGUUGGGGUGCUCUCAUUACUGGUGGACCGGGAUGUGGCAAGAGUUCCUUAUGCGCUGAAAUUGUAUGGCCGACCACUAGUGGCAAACAAAGGUCUCUGAAUAAGAGAUUGAUAGCGCACUAUUUUUGCCAAGCUCAUGAUAUCCACACGCUCAGCUUGUCGUAUUUCAUAGGAUGCUUGGUCAAACAGGUUUCUUCCUGUCCUCUCUUGCCGUCUUUUCCAGACCUUCUCCUAGAAAAUGUGGAUAUAGAAAAGAAUCCUGAUCAAGCCUUCCAGACAGCUUUUAUACAACCGUUGAAUAAUCUUCCUCACCCGGGCCGGCCCCUUCUAUUAUUAAUCGACUCCAUUGACGAGUCCUUCUUACAGACUUUACCCUGCGAAGCAAGUGAAAAUAGUAAGACGAUAGCGGAACUAAUAGCCAAACAUGCUCAUCAGCUGCCUGACUGGUUAUUUUUGGUGUGCUCCGCCCGAAAACAGAGUAGAACUAUUACGAAAUUGUUUACUGGGUUUCGAAAAAUCUGUUUGGACGAUUUAAGAAAAGCUCACGUUGUUAAGGACGUUCAACAAUAUAUAUUAUGCAGACUGGACGAUGAAGAACAGCUGAGGCAUCAUCUAAGCAGGGAAACAGCAGAGAAUCUUAAUCAAUUGCACAUAAAAUCUAAUGGUUGCUUUCUAUAUCUGGAAAAAGUAUUGGACGGUGUGGCGAACAACUUUAUUAUGUUGCGGGAAAUCAAAGAAAUUCCCGGUACGUUAAACGGAUGGUACUCUUGGCUUUGCCAACGUUUGUUCGCCAAAAAACAAUUCCAUGCUGUCGAACCGAUAUUGAAUGUCUUGCUAGCUGCCAGAAGCCCUUUAACGGAAAUUGAAUUAUAUAGGUGCGUGUGUACGAGGAAUAUCCAAUUAACCGCCAAAGAAUUCAGUAGCAAUUUACAACUGUUGUGCAAAUUAUUAUCGGAUGGUGAAGGGGGAACCAAGAUACUAUUUCACCAUAGCUUUGCCGAAUGGCUUUUAGAUGUCAAACAUUGUACUCAAAAAUAUUUGUGUACUGUUUCCGAUGGCCAUGCCAUGUUGGCUAUGAGUAUGACCGAAAGAUCGAGUUCUUUAAGCGCAAAACAAAUUCACGAAUUGGCUUUACACAUAUCUAAGUCUGGCUUAACUCCAACUUUACAAUUAUAUCACUUGCCUCUCUGGUUGACUUUAACCCAAGCGGAUAUUGAAAAUUGCUUGAAUUCUACAAUACCCAACGAUCCUCUAGUCGUUAGAUUAUUACAAGAUGCCGGUGCUAAAUUACCACAGAGUUCGCCGGAUGCAAUGACAACCUCUGUGACAUCUUUUGCAACUUCUCUAACAGAUAGAACGGAUACUUUGGAGCGUCUACUCGAGAGAGUUGACGAUGCUGCCCUAAAUAUACCUAAUAUGAACACAGGAAGAACUUAUUUAUGUUCGGCAGCUCAUGACGGUGAUUAUAAGGCAGUUGAAGUAUUACUAAAUAAAGGAGCCGAACUUGAUAUUGUUGAUAGGAGUGGUCAAAAUGCUUUAAUACUAGCAUCCCGCCAGGGUCAUGUGGAAGUUGUAAAACAAUUGUUGAAUGCAGGAGCUGACGUUGAUUGCGGCGAUCACGAAGGAUGGACACCGCUAAGGUCAGCAGCAUGGGGUGGUCACAUGGAAGUCGUGGAAGUCCUGUUGAAUUACAACGCGGCAGUUGAUAAUGCGGAUAACGAGAGGAGGACAGCAUUACGAGCCGCAGCGUGGAGUGGACACGAAGAUAUUGUAAACAAACUUAUAUCAGCCGGUGCGGAUGUAAAUAAGGCUGAUGCCGAGGGUCGUACAGCCCUGAUAGCCGCCUCUUAUAUGGCGCACACUAACAUUGUUCAAAUUCUUUUAGCGGCAGGAGCCGAGAUUAACCAGGCGGAUUGCGACAAUAGAACCGCUUUAUCAGUAGCCGCACUUUGUAUGCCUGCGACAAGUGGACUUCACUCUGACGUCGUGUCACUUCUCUUAGAGAAAGGAGCGGAAGUGGAUCACGAAGAUACUGAUGGUCUCACACCGUUACUCGUCGCUGCUCAUGAAGGCCAUGCACAAGUUUGCGAGCUACUCCUUGAAAACGAUGCUAACGUCGACCAUAUCGAUCAAUCCGGACGAACGGCUUUGCAAUUAGCUGGGAGUGCCGGCCACUGUAAGGUGGUUAAAUUACUGCUGAUUUGGGGAGCGGCCAUAGAUACAAUAGAUGCCGAUGGUAGGAGCGUUUUAGGAUUAGCAGCUCUUCAUGGUUCAACGAGUGUUGUUAAGGAGCUGUUGGAGAGGGGAUUGGAUGAAAUGCACCGCGAUAAUAUCGGUUGGAACGCGCUGCAUUUAGCCUGCUUCGAAGGCCAUAGAGAGGUCUGCGAAUUGUUAAUAGAAUGGGAUAUAAAAUUAUUGGACAGUUGCGAUAACGAUGGCAGAACAGGUUUAACAUUGGGCUCCCAAGAAGGACAUACAAACGUUGUACGUUCUUUAAUAGGCUUAGGAGCCGAUAUAGAAUUUCGGGCACAUGAUGGAAGGACCCCGUUGAGGGCAGCCGCCCUGAACGGACAUAUUGAGGUUGUUGAGUUGCUUUUAUCUCAUGGUGCCGAUCUUAAUUAUACGGAUUUAGACGGACGAUCGACGCUUUAUUUAUUAGCUUUGGAAAAUCAAGUGACAAUGUUGAAGCACUUUCUGUCAAGGGGAGCAAACUUAGAGAUAGGUGAUUGCGAAGGUCGAACAGCUCUACACGUUGCCUGCUGGCAAGGCCACCUGGACAUCGUUACUACGUUACUGAGCCACGGUGCCAUGCCUGAUUGUACUGAUUUGGACGGCCGUACACCACUUCAGAGCGCCGCUUGGCAGGGACAUGCGGCUGUAGUGUGUGCUCUCUUAGAUCACGGAGCAGAGGUAGAUAGAACUUGUUCCCAAGGAGCCACUGCUUUGUGCAUAUCAUCCCAAGAGGGACACGAGGAUGUGGUUAGAGUUUUAUUACAACAUAGGGCUAACGCUCAGCACGCAGAUCAAUAUGGUAAACAAACGCUAAAAAUUAAUCAUUGCUCGCUUUGUAAUUUAUAAGUGAAAUUCUCUGUUACAGGUAGGACUGCUACGAGAGUAGCUUUAAAAGGUGGUCAUAAUCGGGUCGUUCGGCUUUUGGAAGAGUACGGUGUACCCCCUCUCGCAAAUAUGAAUGCCGUAAAAUCCCCGCAAAAUUCACCAAAUGAUAAACGCAGAAGUGUUGUGUCAAACCAUUCAUCGAAAAGUUCUAGUCUUACAGAAAGGAGUAAUUCUUCCUCUUCCGGUCUUCUUCACGUUGGCGAUUCGCAGUCUUUAUCUUUUACACAGCAGUUGCAACAAUCUGUUCAUCCGUCGAACAGAAAAUCAAAAAUCCUCAGUCCAGUUAGCGAACCGAAUAGCGACGAUGGUAGCCAGGAACCAGUUUGGCAGAAGCAGAUGUACGUGAAAGGUCAAAAGAAAUCGGAUUCGAGGCAGAAAAAACAAAAUCGUAACGGUAUUGUUACAAAUCCGAAUUUUGCCGUUUCAAACGGACACGGAUAUUACAAUAAAUUAUCAAAUCUUCCGGAUACAUUAGAAUAUAGUCCGAACGGAAACUCCAGUUCCUUGGUAGCAACGCAGAAUACGACUAGUCAGAAAUUAGUCGAGAGACCACACGGACUUCCGUUAAAAAAAGAAACUCCUCUCUGAUUAAAAAUUAAAAACAUAUAUAAAACGGACAUCUUAUUUAUACAUUUAAAUGUAUUUAAAAUUGUGUUCAAUUCAAAAUUAAUGAAUCUUUAUGGGUUUUACCCCUAUUUCGUUAUCGCUUUUUACUAGUGUCAAAAAUGUAGUGCUGCUUGCCUCUUUUUUGCUAGCAGUAUGUUUUUUUCUCUUUGUUUUCUUUUCAUACUUGCUGUUUUUCCGUUUUCUUUCUUAUAUGUAUGUAUACAUAUAAGAAAUUAUCUAUAUAUUGUGCUAUUUUUAAGACUAAAACAGCCAUAUUUACGAUCACGUAAGACUAUGCACGCGGAAAAAAAGAAAUAUCUGUCUAUAUUAAGAAAUUACAUUUGUUAGAAUCUCUGCUAUAGCAAUAUCAGUUAUAAAUUUGUAAUAGCGUUAAUGAUAAUAUGUAUAUGUAUACAUAUAUAUAUUUUUAUUAAUAUACCAGUCUAUAGAGAGCGUUUUAUGUUUGUAUAUAUAUAGUAUAUACGUCGAUUGUGUAUGUUACAUUUUGUACACAUAACAUGUAUACAAGUAUAUAUAUAUACUGCAUACCUACUGUCUAUAU